AUCCCAGGAUGAGUCGCGCAGAGUCAACGCUAUCCCGCUGCUGGUCCCAGCUGUUCUUGGGAAAUGGAGUCUAAGCUAUCUUGGAACUUAACGGUCCAGCUCACCUUGAGACUCCAUUCCCCAGCAAGCUCAGCGUGUAGCAUGCAGUAUGGAGCCGCAAGUCGCAGAGCUGAAGCAGAAGAUUGAGGACACGUUGUGCCCUUUUGGUUUCGAGGUUUACCCCUUCCAGGUGGCAUGGUACAAUGCACUCCUGCCUCAAGCCUUCCACCUGCCCCUGCCAGGACCUACCCUGGCCUUCCUGGUACUCAGCACACCUUCCAUGUUCGACCGGGCCCUCAAGCCCUUCCUGCAGAGCUGCCACCUCCAAUCACUGACUGACCCUGUGGACCAGUGUGUGGCCUACCACCUGGGCCGCGUUAGAGAGAGCCUCCCAGAGUUGCAAGUAGAAGUCAUUGCUGACUACGAGGUACACCCCAACCGGCGCCCCAAGAUUCUGGCCCAGACAGCAGCCCACGUGGCAGGGGCUGCUUACUACUACCAACGACGGGAUGUGGAGGCCGACCCAUGGGGGACCCAGCACAUAGCAGGUGUGUGCAUACAUCCCCGAUUUGGGGGCUGGUUUGCCAUCCGAGGGGUGGUGCUGCUGCCAGGAACAGAGGUGCCAGAUCUGCUACCCACUAAACCCCUGGACUGUGUACCAACAAGAACUGACCGAAUCACCCUUCUUGAAGGCUUCAAUUUCCAUUGGCGUGACUGGACCUAUCGAGAUGCUGUGACACCCCAGGAGCGCUACUCAGAAGAGCAGAAGGCCUACUUUUCCACUCCACCUGCACAACGCUUGGCCUUGUUAGGGUUGGACCAAUCUUCAGAGGAGGCUACCUCUGUAUCCACUCAGCUUCUCUUUACCACAUUCAUACCGAAGAAGCCUCAGAAUCCCAGAAGAGCCAGCAGCUGGCUCAAUCCCAGGGUCUCACCUCCUGCAUCACCUGGUCCUUGAGGCCUUCCUUC